GCAAGCAAACAACCUGCUUUUCAGUGUGUGAUCAAGAGGAGCUGGGACCGGCAGCGCCAUGAGGACCAUCCACUGCUCUCUGCUGUUGCUGCUUUCUGUGGUGCUGCUGCCAACCUACAGCGAGGCUUUGAAGUGCUACACCUGUAUGGGCUCCAACAACGACGACUGCAACCUGCAAGGCUCCAAAUCUUGCCCCAGCUACUCUGAUGCCUGCGCGGUGGUGGUGGGUCUUGACAGCGGCGUGAUGAAGUCGUGUUCCUACAAGUCUUUCUGCAGCCAGGCCGGCAGCCAGGGCUACAGAGCUCCAGGAGUUCGAGUUCACUGCUGCUACAGUGACGACUGCAACGUGAAGAGCUUCGCCUCGCCGCUGCCGGGACUCAGCUGUUGGCUGCUGGGUCUUCUGCUGCUCUUGCACUGACAUUUUUCCCAGGAUAACCAGGCAGCCCAACCAUGCCAACAAUGAUCCAUUCUCCAUACAAAUGCCAAAAAGACUGCCUGUUUUCACACUUGAUGACAUCCUGGUUACCACUACUCCACCUUACUUUGGUUACUGCACUUAUUGGAGUGCAAGGCAACAAGAAAAUGUUGCACGCUGAACUGUGUGGAUUGAUACUUCUGAACUGUAUCACCUUAAAUUGUUCAAUUCAUGGCAUAUUUGAUUUGUUUUUAUAAGGUGCAAAUAGGCAUGGGCCAGCAUUACAGUUUGGUAAUAUUGAACCACUAUUAUGGUAUUUGCAGAAAAAGUUUAUAAAAAAAUGUAUAACAUGAUCUAAUUGCUUUAAUUUAAAAAGAAAAGCAAUAAAACAUACAGAUUUUUUGUUUUGUUAAUAUUAUUUAUGAUAAAUAUUAAAUGUAUUUGCCAUGAUUUGCCAUGAUUUUGAUGCGUUGACUUAACCAUGGCAGUAUUCACUAGGAUUUGGGCCCCUUUACUAUACAACCAUGUCAAUUUUAUCAGAUUUUAGCCACUGUCAACAUAAUUAGUUCUAAAGUCAUGUUUUUAUUUGUUUUUAAAUUUUUAGAAACAUUUCUCAUAACGGAUCGUUUCAAGAGACGUCUUCAUUGACUCUAACGUUGCAUUCCAGUUUUAGUCCGAACUCGGGAAAGUCCGGCUUCCGAUCGGAAAAAUCAACUAUGACGGCCGCUAUAGUCGGAAUUUGCUCUCGGAAAGUCUGAGAAUUUUUUCAAGGCCGAUCGGAUCCAAUAUGGCGGCUCAUUGCCUCUACAAGAGUAAGCUGUGCUGAAGCAAGUUUAUUUUACGAGACACAGUUAUAAGAGUGCGUCUAACAUAAAUGUUACAUGUAGCGGCUGAAACUUUGAAACAAACAAAAUGAAAGUGGUGUUUGAAGUUGGAAACUACAGCUUUAAAGGACGUUUACAAGAGGUACUACAUACAAAACAACAGCUUUCCUGGACGUCGCCAUAUUGGACCCUAACCUUUUUUUUUUUGAUAUUUUGGAAUCCCGACUACUCCGAUAGUAUUAACUGGAACGCUGUUUACUCUGGUGUUACGCCAUUACCAGCUCAUAUUUUCGUUUUCUGAGGCAAAUGAAAUGCAACAUUAGAUCCCGUCCACACAAAGACAGGUUUGGCUGUAUCCAACAAACUUGUUGGUUAGAUCGAGGGUCCUGUCCGACCGCAAAACCAGCAAAAUUUGAAACUAGCUUCUAGAGUGGGAAGUUUUGAAGACACCCCC